AUGUCGGUGGAGGCAGAUUUAGAGGACUUUAUAUGGGGACGAAUAGCGGAGCAGAAUUAUCUCGAACGAAUUGUUGCAUGCGAUGAGUAUACCUCCGAAAAUAUCCUUCGACGUGUGAGCCAAAUCGAUGAAUCUCUGAAUCGACAGCUUAGAAAAGGGGUAGAAGAGAAUUUAUCAAGGUUAUUAGAACAAACGACGGCCUUAGAAGCGCUAGACUGCACACAGCGAAAUGUCCAUUCAGAAAUGAACGAAGUAUACGAGGGUUGUGACAGGUUCGCGAAAACGCUUGACUCGCUGCUACAUGAUUAUCGCAAUUUAACAGCGAAACUUGAAAGAUUGAUUGUAGAAAAGAAUCUCGCAGCAGAUGCUUUAAGGUGCGAAGAAUUGCUAGAUUCACUCGAAAAGCGUAACGAAAUCGUGAAACGCUCCGAGAUUGUUAGCGAAAUCAAAGGUGUGGUUGCGGAUAACACAGAGUUAUUGUCGAUUUCGUGGCUACGGGAUGCUUUAACAACACGUUUGAAAGCUGUGGAAAAUGAGGUACAUUUGUGA